AUGCUUGGCAAAAUCCCAUCCGUCGCAGCCUUGCUGGCACUCAGCCUGAGCGCCCAAGCAAGUCUAAUCUUCAAAAACUCUGGCACAACCUCAGGCUGGGACAAAACAAACCAAGAACACCGCGGCACCGUGAAGCAAGUGACAGACGAGGCUUAUGAGGGAAAAACUGCCCUCAAAAUGACUCAAAUCUACGACGAAGACUACUCCGGCCGGUAUCACUCGGAAGUGGUGAAGAACGACGUGUACAAGCGUGGCGACACGGGCGCAUACGGUUUCUCCUUCCGACUGCAAGACGACUGGCAAUUCCUCCCCGUGCAGUCCUACGGCAUUGCACAGUUUAUUGCCGACUUCACAGACAGCGGCUGCGAAGACUGGAUGCCGACAACCAUGGUCGCGCUUAAGGGCGACAAACUCUACUCGCGUGUCAAGGAAGGCUCGGUCUGUAAGCAAGAGGUUCAUGGUUUUAACGACCUAGCCACCGUGACUGCUGGUGAAUGGCACCGAAUUGAAAUCGAGGCGAAGUGGGAGUCGGAUGGGACGGGGCAUUACACAUUCUACUAUGAUGGGGAGAAGGUGUUGGAUGAGCAGAAUAUCAGCACUACUGUUGAGGAUGAUCGUGCUUUCCAAUUCCGGGUUGGUCUUUAUGCGAACGGCUGGCAUGAUGAUAAGCAGAUGAAGGGCUCUCAAGGCACUAGGUCGAUUUGGUAUGACGAGAUUGCUGCUGGGACUAAGCUUUCUGAUGUUUCAUCAGAAGCCGAGAUCGAUGCCGGCGAUUGUUGA